AGUCAACGUUUUGAACAACUCAGCAUCUCAGCUCUCUUUGUAAAGUUUAUUGUGUCUGCCAAUUCCUUCGAAAAACAAAAGAUGAUGUUAUUAUUGCACGUUGAUAUUUAUAAUUUGUUAGUUGUUUAUACAAUUAGCUCAUUCAUUAACCAAUUAUGGAUAAUUCAUUUAAUUUAUUCAACAACUUUUUUAUUAUGUUAUUUAGUUGAAUCUGAAAACAGUAAAAUAAAGUGGCAGCACCGUUCCCGGUUGCCGUUGUUUUGCUUGACAAUGACAUUGACAUUGUGUUGACGCAUUUUCCGCCAAAUUUAAACUUUAUUACUCGAUUUUUAUUUGCUACUGUUUAUUAACAUGUUUAGAAAGAAAGUAAGCGAGUACAGAAAGCGAGUAUGCAUUCCAUUACUGGUUUUAAUGUGGAAAUAUGCGGUUGUACGAUCACAUCAUUAUUGCCACUCUUUUUGGGAAAUCUUUAGCGGUGUCUCUGUAUUUUUACUUUUCUUUUUCGUUUAUCAAACGACUAAAGGCACAAGCUCUGAGCCAAACCUGAAUGAUUCUGUGAUAAGAGUGUUUUUCACUCCAGAUAACAGUUACACACGACGGUUAAUUAACAGGGCUGCGAAUUAUUUAGCUCAGAAUGAAAUCGAAACUGGAACAAAUCGGCUGUGGUUGUUUGAAAGCUUUGCAUAUCCAUUGGAUGAAAGAAAAUUUAAUGAUUCCCAAGCAGUUGUGGUGGUGGACGUUAAGAGUAAUGCUACAGAUACUGGACCCCUGGACUAUUCCAUAGAUGCCAUCACUGCAGUGCAAGAUAACCGUUUAAAUAAAGCAUUGAAUGGAUAUUUCCAUGCUCUGGUUACACCAGAGAAAGUGGCUCCACCACACGUGGGAUUGCUUCAAUGGGCUAUAGACAAAUCUUACAUAGAGCAACGCAUUGGAAAGGUCAUUGUACAGACUGUGUCAUUGAUAACUAUACCGAAAUACAUAUCUGAAGAACUGCACACUUUGCACAAGUUCAUGAUAAUAUGCACAAUAAUUGCACCGCUACCCUUCUUCCUUUCUCAUUCUGCGACUUUGAUCAUGGAAAGGAGAUCUGGAUUGAGGGAGCUGAUGAAGAUGUCGGGUAUAUGUGCUGACAUACUCCGCUUCUCACACAUCCUGGAGACUUUGUUUAUUGGCAUAUUGUACUGUAUACCUGUGAUGAUUUUAUUGAAAAUAACAUCGGAGCCUAUAUUACCGAACAGCAACUUCUUGAUUAUAUCAUUUACCAUAGUGCUGCACUAUAUGAACACUAUGUCACUGUCCUUUGUUACUACUGCUCUUUCUCAGGAUUUCCACCACGCGGAUUGCCUAGGCUUCAUUCUAUACAUGUCUACAUUCAUCAUAGACUGCCUAUGGUAUUCAUACAAGCGGUCGUACAAGCUAGUCGCAUAUUUGGUAUGCAUUAUACUACCACAUGCACCCAUCUAUCUGUUCUGGGAUGAAGUGCUUUAUUUGGAAUCUAUUGGUGUGGGCUCCACAUUCAGCAAUAUAUACAACUGUCACUCGGACAACUUGCUGCCGGUGGCCACUGUGUGGAUGUUCUUCUACACACACCUCGCCUUCAUCACCACCCUCGCCUGGUACUUGGAUCUGGUGAGGCCAGGCCCCUUUGGAGUCUCCAAGCGUUGGAACUUCUUGUUCAAUAAAUCGUACUGGCUUAGCCACAAAAUAAAGCGGAGAAUAGUAACUCUCCCUGAGAUGUAUCUAGCUAAACGAGAUGAGAAGUACUUCGAGAAGCUUCCUCCUGAUGCUGCCAUUGCCAUUCAGAUAUACAACGUGUCCAAGGUAUUCAAGGCCAAGGGAGAAACCUUGGAGGUGUCUAAAACGGACAUUAAGGCUUUAGAUUCCGUCACCUUUGAUUGUUAUCAAGGCGAAAUCACCUUAGUUUUAGGAGACAAUGGUGCUGGCAAAACCACCCUUAUGCACAUCGUUGCAGGCAUGAUAGGUACGACGUUUGGCGCAGUAUUUGUGAACGGCAUCAAUGUGGCUCACCGAGUAAUGGAACAUCAUGAGGACUUGGCGUUGUGCACGCAAGAAAACAUCUACUUUAAGUACCUCACCGUCAAGGAAAAUAUUUCCUUUUUCAAAAAGUUACACAGAAAUAAGCCUGACGAGGACCAACCUGACUUCACACUGGACCAGCUCUUGAAGAAGCUGAAGUUGUAUGAUGUAGCUGACAACUAUGGCUCACAACUUUCUUCAGGAACUUUACGUUGUUUGCAGGUGGCCUGUGUGUUGGCUGUAUCCCCUGAUGUAUUGGUACUGGACGAGCCCACCACUGGGAUGGACGUAGAAGUCAAGCAUCGAUUGUGGGAUAUGCUUUUUGUGCUCCGUUCUAAAAAGACAAUUAUAAUGACGACAUCUUGCUUAGAAGAAGCAUAUGCGUUAGCAGAUAGGAUCGUUGUGUUAAACAAUGGAGUACUCAAGUGCCACGGGUCUCCUACCUUCUUGAGAGAAGCUAUUGGAACGAGUUUCAACAUAUCAAUAACGAUAAAAGACCGUGUGCAAAUGAUGAAACUCAAAGAGACAGUGGAAGGUAUCAUACCAAACCUGAAGAGUAGGAUCGAAGAUAUGAGAAACAUUGUCUUGUCUCUCCCUACCAAAGACAGCGACGACUUUCCAAAAGUGUUCAAAACUUUGGAGGAAAAGAAAGAGGAGUUUGGAAUACAACUUAUAGAUGUGGGAAUGUUCAUGGAGGAGGUUUUUAUGGAGUUUACUGAUAAACCGGAUGAGAAAUAUACAUCACAAGGCGGCAUCGAUAGAUCUUAUCUGGCCUUCAGAUCAACUAAACUAGAGGGGAUAUUUCUGCUCUGGUCUCGCAUCAAGUUGUUACACACCCGUACAUACGAUUAUCUGCUGAUGAAGAAGAUACAGUUCCUCGUAGUUCGUCUUUUAGUCCCAAUUGUAUGUCUAAUAAUAAUGACGUUGACAUCGAACCAUUCUCUGAGGGGUACUAAAAUAUUCACACACCACGUUUCGGCUGAUGAACCUAUACCAGGCGUCAACAAGUUGGUGUACAACGUGGGUCCCUUCAGGAAACAGGGCCUGUAUAGUGGAGCUGAGAAAUUCCCAGGAUUAAAACUUGUAUAUGCACCGGAUAUUGAUGGAGAAUUCCAUAACCCGAGAUCAGGGUUUUCUUCUAAAGAGAUAGCGGGGUUUAAAGUGACGGACAGGUUCAGUAAAAUAUUUCAUCCAAGGGAUUUGAAGUCAACCUCAGAAUCUGUGAACAUAUUCAGUAAUCUCUACAUGUCCAUGUUUCUGCCGAGCAUGAAUAAUAGCAUACGGACGUCAUACAAACCGAUUUUGAGAAAUAAUACAAAGAAACCGAAAAUUAAAGUUCCGAAAAGCGUAUUUUUGUGCAUAAAGUGGAGCGUAUGGGUUGCUAUAUUGUCCAUUCUUCCGCUUACGCCUAUUAUAAUUCUGUGUAUAGUGGAACUGCGUCGUGGUAUAAGGGACAACCAUAUGAUGGCUGGUUGUAACCCCGCUUUGCACUGGGCGUGCAAGCUAUCCGCGCAUAUGGGCAUAUACACUGCUACCAUACUUGGACCAGUUAUUGUUAUAGGAGUCAUGCUCGAUUUCGAUAGGACUUUCUUUCAAUUCAAGUUUUUAGGAUCAAUAUUACUACUAAUAAUAGCAUUUGGAUUGGCAUUCCUGAGUCAACUGUAUUUGUUUAGCUUUUUCUUGAAUGAAAAUCUUGCUAUCAGUCAAAUAUAUGUGAUGUCUAUAUUUUUCGGCGUAAUCCUGCCGAUAGUAUCAGCAGUAUUGAAGUCGGAAUGGGAGACUUCAGCCUAUGUAGCCAUACCCUUCUUCAUCAUAAUGAUUGUUGGUCGGCUGUCUCCAAUAUUCGCGUUUGCUUUGGGCCUAGCUCGCCUUACAUUACAAGCUAGGUUAAAUGCUUACUGCAAUCUGAAUAAGCGAAAAUGUCCUAACUUACUUGUACUCGAUGAGCCGAAUUUUGACUCGGAUUUUUGCUGUGAGUCAGAAUCUAUGGAGCCUUAUCCAUAUCUUUCGUCAUACGAAUCUGGUUACUAUGAAUUUUUGAAUCUAAUCGCACAUUUUUUAAUUUUCUUUUCAUUGGUAGUACUGCUGGAGAUGAGAAUACCGCAGUACUGGUAUGAGCAGUUUACCCUCUUCGACUACCAGGCCCCUCAGAGCACGUUCUAUGAUAAAACCAUCAAAAAAGAGAAGACUUACGUUCGCACAGCUAUUCGUGAUCGUAAGUUUGAUGAUGUUUUGUUACUGGUCAACAAUGUGCACAAGGAAUACAUUCAUGACGUGCGAAAGUGGGCCCCCCACAAAGGCGUCAGAGGAGUCAAUUUUAGUGUCAAAAAAGAGGAGUGUUUAGCCAUACUAGGUGGUCACGGUGCCGGUAAGAGUUCGCUAUUGAACAUGUUGGCUGGGAACCUCGUCAUGACGAGAGGCAGUGCCUAUGUCGACGGUCAUCACAUCAGGAAAAAUCGCAUGAAGUACAUACACAGGAUCAGUUUGUCAUCAUCUUUAGGAGGUAUGGACGGCUUUAUGACUGGAGCACAGAAUCUCAUAUUCAUAGCACAAAUGCGGGGGUACGAGGACCGGAUAGCUUAUAAACUAGCAUUUACGACGCUACGGUAUCUCGGUUUACAUACUCUCCCAGGUUUAGUAGAGCACUACAGCACUGGUUGCUUGCGUCGCCUGUCUUUAUGUGGCUCGUUGGUUAAACGCCCCGCCGUGGUAUUUGUAGACGAGCCCAUGAGAGGCAUCGAUCCUACCUCUAGGCUGCUCGUAGCUAAAGCGCUGCAGCGGCUUGUUUUGCAGCCCGCCGCUUUAAUUAUUGCUGAGACUAGCGUUGCCUGGCGUAUCCUCCAAACGGUAUUUACUCGAAUAGCAGUAAUGUCCAAAGGACAGUUAGCGCUCAUAGGUCCGGCGCAAGAAGUGCUGGAGUUCAUAGCGACCGGGUACACCGUGCGGAUCAAAUUGAGGACCAUGACUGCCUACAGGCAGGAUAAGUUCCACGCCUUACUUGCUGAUGAUGAAUCUGCUGCAUCUAUAUCGGACACUGAAGAUGUGCACAGUGCCAAGAGUGUUGUGUUUGCGUCCAACAUCACCGAUUUAAGGAAAGACUUUCUUAAAGAAUUCCCCACUGGCAGGCAGACCGGGGAACAUUUGUCUAUGCUAUAUUUCUACAUCCAUGAAGAGCCAGAGCAGAAACAACAAUUGUACAGCAACAUGUUUGCAAAGUUGCAGCAGUUAAAAGAAAAAUACGAUGAUGUGGUAGAAGAUUACUAUUUAAAUGCUACUACCAUUGAAGAUGUGUACUUAAGACUACAGAAUGAGAAGGCCCCUAAAAAUGAACGCCGACGCUCCAGCUCUGUCCUGGUUAAUUGAACUAUGAAUAAAGAUAAUUUUAAUAUU